AUGGCCUCCCUCGCCGCCUCCCUCCGGUCUUUGACCCUCAACACCGCCCGCGCGACGAUCCCCCGUGUCGGCGCGACGACGACGACCACGGCGACGCGCGCCCUGUCGACGGCGAUUCUGACGAAGCAGCCGGCGCAGAGGACCGAGUCAGUGCUCGCUGCGUUUGGGCAGAAGGCCGCGGCCGUCGGCAACGCGGUGGUGCAGCAGACGAGGGGUAUGAAGGUGCACAGCUCCGUCAAGAAGCGUUGCGAGCACUGCAAGAUCGUCCGUCGCAAGGCUGGCAAGAGGCAUAACGGAUACCUGUACGUCAUCUGCAAAGCGAACCCCAGACACAAGCAGCGCCAGGAUUAA